AUGAAGGAUAGCAUCACCAACCCGCCGGAGAAGGACCCGAAUUCGAUCAUGACUGUAGCUGACCAAGGUCAGGGAGGUCUCGAGGAAAAAACCCGAUCAAAUUCGACCACUCAAUCGUCGAUUGCUCUUACCAAGGACAACCCUGCCAUCACAACUUCCCAGCGCCGCAGCAAGCGAUACCCUUCAAAAACCGCCGAGGAUGGCGCAAUGAAAGGCCGUUCGCUCUUCCCAUCUGACGUUGCCCAAGGCCAGGAUGGCUCCAUGGCCAAAGCUCGAUCAAACUCUACCACUCCUUCGUCGACCGAUUUCACCGAGGAUAAUCCUGACACCAUGCUUUCCAAGAGCCAACGCAAGCAAACCCCUCCUUCCAAAACCGCCGAGGAUGGCGCAGUGCAAGGACGACCGCUUGUCGCGUACACCAAGAAACUCAGGGUGUCCAAGUUUCACCGGCUCUACAAGAAGGCUUGGAGGCAGGAGGUUUUUGGGAACCAAGCAUUUAUCACCUGGUCCUCUCGCACCGCGGAACACUUUGGUCAUGCAAUAUCCAAAUGCCCCGGCUGGUGGGCUGAAGCCAGUACGGACCAAGCCGAUGCUCACUCUUACGACGAGAUCGCUGCGUUAAUCCUGUCUGGCUUGAAGGUGUACGACCCAUCACUUGGUGGUUCUAUGCCCCAGCUUCGGUCCAGCAUGCAGAAUCUGUUUUCUCUUGGCGACCUCGAAGACGCCGACAACGACAAAGCUUCCUGGUCUCUUCGCGAGUACUUUCUUCGCCUCGCGACACAGUGCCCCACGGUUGUGUUUGAUCUCGCUGCGGCCCAACGCGUUAUUAAAACUGACGAAAAGUUGCCUCGCUUUUGGGAAUUCGCGCUCGUGUUCGACCCAACAUUAAUUGUUCAACGCGCCGAGCCGUUGACUUGGAUGUGGCUAGCGGCAUCCGAAUUCUUUGCUCAUCCUUGGACAGGCCCGGCCAUUCUUCCUCCCAUUGUGGAGGAAUUCGAGCGACUAGAAAGGGAGUCAAAAAUAUCCAAGGCUCAGUCCAAGUCUAAGAAGCGCCCUGCAUCUACUCCAGAGAACCCAAAAGUGAUCCUGUCUGACGCCGUCCACGUCAUCGCCAGCACCCCAACCGGAACACAGGAAGCCAGUGCUCCAACUGACGCCGUCGUGGAAGCCAGCAAACCGUGUGUGCGUACCAGUGAGGAACAUGGAGCAGAGGACCACAAUAGCGCCCCGACCUACAGGGACGCUGCUGCCUCUCCCCCCGCUUCCACGGUACCCCUCACCACUGACGAACGAUUGACGCGCCUUCUCGCUGUCACUUGGAAUGCCUCCCCCUUCCGGCAUAUUACCAUCUUCAACGUGUCGAUUGUCUUUGAUUGGCAGGGCGUCGGUUUGUCCGAGUUCAAUCAAGUCCAGACCGCCUACAAUGCCUUCCAUCAGUUUGCUUCCGGUAUUUGGGGCGAGAUCACUUCCACGGUCGUCCUCCUGCCCUUUGCUGACGGUCGCUUUACCCGACAACAACUGUGGAUCCGGAACUUGAAGGAGUUUGACGAAAAGGCCAAGGAUUGGGCCCACCUGAAGAUCUACCUCGACCCCAACUUCGGCAACCCGUACAUCCUCAACAAACCUGGGAAGACUGGGUCGAAGACCUACAAGACUCGCAUGCGGUUCGGUAUGGACACUGCCCCUCCCAUCCUCAUGCAAGAACUUCGCUCUGUCUUGUCCAGUGAGCCUCGGGCGGGCGUCUUCCCGACCCCUAUCCAGGUUUCCAUUACACCAGAGAUUGGCAGGCGGCGAAGGACGAAUUGGUCCUUGGCAAACAGUGCCCACAGCUCCACUCCGUGA